UGCAAAAAUUGAGUUUUUUCUAAACCUUGACAAUAAUAUCAACUUCUUUCUUUUGAUUAUUACUUAUAUUAUGUAGAAUCAAUCGCUUGAAAGACCAUCGCGUAUGGAUGAGUUUUUUGAGCACACCCAUACUCGCAAAGAGGAUAGGACUCAAUGGGUUGAUGAACACUCCCGAAUGGCAAAGGAGACAUUUCAAGAGCGCAUGUUUCAGGCUGAGCAAGAGCGACAGGCUACUAUAGAGGCUGGUGUAACUAAUCCACCGCUUGUCUCUGAGGAAAGCAUAUGGAUUGAGACAGUGGGUGAAAAACGAAGAGGUAGGGUAUAUGGCAUGGGUGAGGUAAGGAACUCUUUCAUGGUGCGACCCCGAGUUGAUGGGCCAACCACGACCACCAGCACUGAUGUUUUGGAUCUUAGAGAACAAAUCAUAAUACUCAAUAGGGAAGUUGAACAACAUGCCGCUAAAUAUAGAGAGCUUGAAGACCGCUAUCAAAGGGAGAAAAGAGAGUGGCAACAGACGGUUGAAUCCUUGCGUGAGGAUCUCAACAAUAGUAACUCACAAAUGGAUCAGUUUAGUCAUCAACUUAGUAGCUUGACUGAGUAUGUGAGGGUCAUGGGUCCUAGUAGUUCUAGAUCAUGUGUCCCUCCACCUCCUCCUUUUACUUUUCCAAGCUCCCAGAAAAGCGCAGCCCCAGGAAGAAAAGUCCCACCUAUCUUGCAGCCCCAGGACAAUCACAGGGCGCUCAUAUGGAGGAUAAUUCUGAAGAUCUCGAUGACUCAGAUGAGGACUAUUUAGAUGAGUACGAGUAGGAUUAUUUACUUUGUUUUGAAUAUUUUGUAUUAUUAAUGGAGUUUAGUAACUUAUCUUGUUUUAAAUCUUUAAGUUAGAGGAUUAGUUAUUAUUGUUUUGAUAAGUAUGUAAACUCAUUAUUUAAUAUUUAUUAUAAAUUUUAUUUUUGUAUUUAAAAGUUU